AGUUGGAGGCGGAGUUAUAGGGUCAACAUUUUCUUGAGGUAAAAAGCGAAUUUGGAUAUGAAUAUUGGUGAAUAUCUCACGAUGGCUCGUUUGUAACUGACAGAGAAUAUAUACAUUUCCUUUACAACUUGCGACGCAACUGCAAAAAGUCAUAGAGAUCUUCCCAGUAACUCACGGUGCGCCCCCUCUGCAGGCGCACUGCAGAUCAACAUGUCACGUUACCUGAAAUUCUUCACAGUCGUUGGAGACCAGGAUCAGGGUGAUGCUGCCUGGCAGGAUGAGGAGCUUCAUGAGGCCAGUGAAGACCUGGAGCCGGCCACUGGACAGCAGCUGACGCGCAUCACUUUCAGAGAUGCCUUAUGCCGUCUCUACAGCUCCGAGAGAUUUCAGAUUGCUGUGGUCUGUAUGGUUAUUCUGGAUGCUGUGUUUGUGCUCUGUGAGCUUCUUAUGGAUUUGUCCAUAAUACAAGCUGAUGCUGGCCAUGUUGCCCCACAGGUCUUCCACUACCUCAGCCUGGCAGUGCUCACCUUCUUCAUGGUGGAGCUGGCGGGGAAGAUCUACGCCUAUCGCUUGGACUUCUUCAAGCACAAGUUUGAGGUGUUUGAUGGAAUGGUGGUGGUGGUGUCCUUCAUCCUGGACAUUGUGUACAUCUCCAAAGAGGAUGCCUUCGAUGGCAUGGGUCUGCUGAUUCUGCUCAGGCUGUGGAGAGUGGGCAGGAUUAUCAAUGGUAUCCUGAUGUCUGUGAAGAAUCGUGCGAAUAACCAAGUUCAGAAACUGAAGGACAGCAACAAUCAUCUUAUUCAAAGAGUCAAUGAGCUGCAGGACAAAAAUAAAAAGAUGGAAGAAGAGAAUUCUCAACUGCGCUCACUUUUGCAACAACAUAAGAUCCAGUUUUGAUAUUUCCAGAAGCAAAAAUAAUGGAUCUAUGAAACUACGAAGCAACACAUUUAUGCACUCUAUGCUUUUGUUCUUGCUCAGCACAUGACAAAGGGAGACUUUAUGUACACAAUCAAUGUAGAAAUCAAAUGUAUUUAUGUAAUUGUGCCUCAUCAAAUAAUGGUGUUUUUCAUGAAAAUAUACAGUGAUGAAUCAGUGAACUUACAAGUCUACUUCUCUUGCGCUAAAUACAAUGACUAUUCGCAUGUUAAGGCACAAGAGUGGAUUCAUUGUAAUCAACUGUACUGUAUGUAUCAGAUUAUUUUUCGAUGCGAUUCUUAAACAAUAAUGUAUUGUAUUUUGAACUUAUUUUGUUCAAAUUGAUUUGACAUGUAACUUCCUUACAAACACAAGGUCAUGUUUAACCCACUGGGCAUUGAGAUUCGUUUGAGAACUCUACACAAGUAUUUGUAUUCUGCUUCAAGUCCAUUGUAUAUAAUUUACUCUUGCUAGAUGUCAUGCACAAUUAAAAGACAUUUGUACAUGUGUG